AUGAAGAACCAAUCUCCCUCUGAGCGAGCCAUAAAUUUUGCGGGCGAUGUUAUCCCUGGCAAGUGCAUUGAUGGUUAUGGUGUUGGGAGAGUUGUUCUUUCUGGGAACCCUGACCAUGAGAAGGAUGACUUGGUUUCUGGGUUCCUGUGCUGGGGAGAGUACAGCAUAAUAGAAGAGGGUGGUGCCAUGUUAAGGAAGGUGGAUACAAUGGGAUUUCCGAUUUCUUACAAUGUAGGAAUUCUAGGAUUCGGUGGCCUUACUGCUUAUGCUGGAUUUUUCGAGUUGUGUAAGCCAAAGAAAGGGGAAAAGGUAUUUGUCUCUGCUGCUUCAGGAUCGAUAGGAAAUUUAGUGGGACGGUAUGCGAAGCUCAUCGGUUGCUAUGUUGUAGGCAGUGCUGGAAGCUCAGAAAAGGUAGAUUUGCUCAAGAAUAAGCUUGGUUUUGACGAGGCUUUCAACUACAACGAAAAAACUGAUCUUAAGAGGUACUUUCCAGAUGGGAUUGACAUUUAUUUUGAUAACGUGGGAGCAGGGAUGCUAGAAGCAGCAGUGGAUAACAUGAAUGCCUUUGGUAGAUCGCUGCGUGUGGUGUUAUAG